AUGACUGUCUCUACAAACGAUACUUCUGAGUUCCGAUGCUCACGUCCCAAGUGCAAGUCCUAUGCCAUGCGUGGUCAGCCUCUAUGCGAGGAGCACUUUGAUCUUAAGUGUUCUCGCCCAGCCUGCAAGAGGGAUGUCAACGAGCCAGGAGACCAACUGUGUCAGAUCUGUCAAGAUACGAAAGACACUCGCAAGAGGGAACGUGAUAUUAUCAACGAAGCCAAUGCGGCAGAGAGGGAAGAGGUCAAGAGAUUGAAGUCUGCAGCCCGAGUGGAGAAGAGAAUCUUACGAGAUGCUGCCAAGAUAGCAAUUGAGAAAGAAGAGGCUAUCAAGCAGCGUCAGACUCAGAAGCACAUGCGCCAACGGAUCCAGUCCGUCUAUUCUCCUCCUAUGCAGGCGCAUCAACAAUCUACCCGCUUCACCGAGAUGCCGCCGUCUCCAUCAUCCGUACUGUCAAUGGCCAUGGACAACCAUCUUCGCCUUGUCUCUCCAGCCAAGCCAACUCUAUCUGUCACCGCUGCACAGGCCAGCCGCUUCACUGAGCAACCGUCACCAUCUCCAUCGAUGGCCAGCCUCGCCAACUAUGAUCUUGUCCUACCAUUGAGACCACAACCAACAGCAAAGAAGGAGGACCUGCCUACAUUGGAAGACGAUGAUGGACAGUACAACUUGUAUGAAACGUUCAUGCAAGAUCCUCGCACUCCCAACACCUCCAACUAG